AUGGAUGAAGUCGAUUUAUCCAAGAUAACUAUUCAAUCACUAUCUAAGGAUCAAGCUGAACAACUACUGUCACAGUUUUCAAGUGAAGACAUUGCUAAAGCGGGUACUUUAGAAGACUUACGUAAAAUUUUACGAAAAUUACGGGACGCACAAAAUCAAAAAUUCGUCGAUCCAGGAACGACAGAUGAAAGUGAGAAUGAAAGCGAGUCAGUAGUAGCUGACAAUUCCAAAUCUAUUGUGCCACAAGAAGAAAAACCAAUAUCAAGUGCGACAGUCCCGCAAGCACAGGAACAAAAUAAACAAAAUACUGAAACAUCUGUAGAGACUGACGAAGAAAAUCAAGAAGACGAAACUACCAUGGAGAAACAUGAUAACAUGGAGUACAACAAGAAUCUCUAUACGUGGGAUGAAUACAUAAUGAAAUGGGAAUUAUUUUUCGCAGGUUAUGACACAAAAGAGGAGCGAAAAACUCCAUUAUUUCUGACAAAAGCUGGUCAUGAAAUUUUGAAACUAGCAAUUGAUUUAUGUGCACCAGAAAAACCUAAUACAAAAACUUUUGCACAAUUAACUAAGAUACUAGGAGAUCAUAUAGCUUCAACAAAAAACACAAAAAUGGAACGAUAUACUUUCAGCCAAGCAGUACAAAAACCAAGCGAAUCGAUAAGCGAAUUCGUAGCAAAAUUAAAAGACUUAUCGUUAAACUGCAAGUUCGACAAGCCAGAUGAUGCUCUCUGUGAUAGAUUCAUCUGCGGCGUUGUGGACCAGGAAACACGGAUUGCGCUCUUCAGCGAGCAGAAUCUCACCUUUUCCAGAGCGCUGGAGAUUGCAAAAACCAGAGAAGCAGCUGUAAAAAAUGCCAACAAGACGCAGAAGCAGUCCGGGCCCAGCUCCAUUCAACACAUGGGACACCAGCAGCAGCGAGGCGGCAAGAAGACGACUUCGUACGGUGCUAAGCAGGCAGAGGCAAAAUACAGCGGUAAUAAAGACUCUAAUAAAAAACGUUCAAACUUUUCGGCAAACCCUAAUUUGUACUGUUACUGCUGUGGUAGAAAUAACCACUUGUCAAGAGACUGUUUUUUCAAAGAACGCGCAUUCUGCAAAUUUUGUAAAAAACAAGGGCAUUACGAAGUAGCAUGUCUUAUAAAAAAAGGAGAAAAACCUGCAUCAAACAGCCAAGGUAAUAAAUUUUAUAAGAAAAAAGAUAAAAAUCUUCACUUACUUAGAGAUGAAAGCGAAGAUUCUGAUUCACAAACAGAAUCGAUUUGCGGCUGUAAUUGUAAAAAUCAUUCAAAAAUUCAAUCUAUAAAAAGUUUAAAGUUUGAUACAGAAUUUUACUCCAUCGAAAGCGAAAACGAAUUCAAUAACUGUCAAUGCUAUAAGAUUAAAGCCGAACCUAUGUUUAUCGAUAUUGAAGUAAACAAUCGUACGGUAAAAAUGGAACUAGAUACGGGCACGUAUGUCACUGCCAUCUCAGAGCAAGACAAGCACAAAUAUUUUUCAAACUUAACACUUGACAAAGUCGAACUUGUACUAACAAGCUACGGUGGUAAUGUUUUAGAACCACUAGGUAAAUUAAAAAACUUGAAAGUAAAAUUUAACAAUAUUGAGAAAAUCUUGGACAUAUAUGUAAUCAAAGGUAAAGGCCCAAUGCUCUUAGGUAGACAGUGGCUAAAAGCAUUCGACUUAUGGCCCAUCAAUUCACUUAUGAAAAAUCCUCAAAAAUCUAAUAUUCAUAAUAUUCUAACAAGCGAAGGAGUAAAGCAAAAGAUGCUGGAAAAGUUUCCAGACUUAUUUUCUAAUACUCAAGGAUGCUAUAAAGGGCGGAAAAUUCAUUUAGUGUUUAAAGAAGGCACCAAGCCAAUUCAAUUGAAGCCGUACCAUGCACCCUUUGCUAUAUUACCUAAAAUUUCCAAAGAACUUCAAAGACUAGUAGAUUUGGGUAAUCUAGAAAAAGUAUCUUGCAGUAAAUGGGCGACCCCGAUUAUCCCUGUUCUUAAGAAAACCGGUGAUGUUCGCAUAUGCGGAAACUUUAAAGUAACAGUUAAUCCACAGCUUGUAAUUAAAAGACACCCUAUUCCUUUGAAGGAAAAAAUAUUUAAUACUCUUAGAAUCGGAAAUAAAUGGUCUCAAGUAGAUUUACGCCAUGCGUUUAUGCAAUUAGUAGUAGAUAACGAGUCUAGAGAAGCUCUAACUAUUAUUACUCACGAAGGGUUAUAUCGAUACACUAAAUUAGGCGAAGGAAUAGCCUCAAGUCCCGCGGAAUGCCAGGACAUUAUAGAAGAAAUACUUAAAGGUGUAAAAAAUACCGAGAUAUAUAUUGACAAUAUUUAUUGUACAGGCGCAACUGAUCAGGAGCAUCUCGAAAUACUAACAGAAAUAUUUGAUAAAUUAGAAAAAGCUGGCCUAAGAGUUAAUCUCGAUAAGUGUGAUUUUUUUAAAGAUGAGAUAGAGAUAUUAGGUUUUGUUAUUAAUAAUCGUGGGCUACAGCCAAGCGAGUCUAAAAUUAAUGCAAUAAAAAAUGUACCAAUUCCAAAAAAUAUCGAAGAACUAGAAGCCUUCCUAGGCUUAGUCAAUUUCUAUGAAAGAUUCUUAAAAAACAGAGCUGAUUACGUAAAACCACUUUAUGAUUUAUGCAAAAGUAAAAAUUUUGAAUGGAAUAAAGAAUGCCAAAGAGGCUUUGAUUGGAUCAAAAGUCAAAUAACUUCGGAUAACGUGUUAGCUUUAUUCAAUCCAAACGAAAAACUAGUACUGGCGUGUGACGCGAGUAACCACGGACUAUCGGCAAUCUUAUCACAUCGCUAUGUGGGAGGAUUCAGCGGUUAA